GGCCUCUCUUUUCCUCCCCAGGCCCCUGAGCCUCUGAGCUCCUUGAAAUCCAUGGCGGAACGGGCAGCCAUCAGCUCUGGCAUUGAGGACCCUGUGCCAACGCUGCACCUGACUGAGCGAGACAUCAUCCUGAGCAGCACAUCAGCACCUCCGGCCUCAGCUCAGCCACCGCUGCAGCUGUCAGAGGUGAACAUACCGCUGUCGCUGGGUGUCUGUCCGCUGGGCCCUGUGCCCCUCACCAAGGAGCAGCUCUACCAGCAGGCCAUGGAAGAGGCCGCCUGGCACCACAUGCCCCACCCCUCUGACUCUGAGCGUAUCCGGCAGUACCUUCCCCGGAACCCCUGUCCGACGCCCCCCUACCACCACCAGAUGCCACCCCCACACUCGGACACUGUGGAGUUCUACCAGCGCCUGUCGACCGAGACACUCUUCUUCAUCUUCUACUAUCUGGAGGGCACUAAGGCACAGUACCUGGCAGCCAAGGCCCUAAAGAAGCAGUCGUGGCGAUUCCACACCAAGUACAUGAUGUGGUUCCAGAGGCACGAGGAGCCCAAGACCAUCACUGACGAGUUCGAGCAGGGCACCUACAUCUACUUUGACUACGAGAAGUGGGGCCAGCGGAAGAAGGAAGGCUUCACCUUUGAGUACCGCUACCUGGAGGACCGGGACCUCCAGUGACACCGGCCCUCCCCUACCCACCCCCUUCCCCGCAUGCUGAUCCCCCUGCCCAGGUGAGGGCCCUGCCCUGGAAGACUGGAGGGAGGCCCCAGGCCACGGGGCAUCCCCCUCUCCCAGGAAGCAGGGAAGGGGCCGGGAGGUUUUCCUCUCAGCCCCACCCUGGGGGCCCGGGGGCGAGGGCUGCCCCCUCCUCCCCUCCCCAGUGAGGGACAUUUUUUGGUAAACCUAUUUUCAUUUUGGAAAAUAUUUAUGAAUAAAUAGUUUUAUAUGACGGCUGGCAGCAGCGGCCUCUCCUGUA